AACGUUAAUAAGUGUCCUCCUAGAAGACAACUGACUUAAACAAUUAAAAUGUGAUAUCUACAGUGACUUUGCUCUGUCCGAAGGGUUUCAUCAUGCGGAGAUGUCCUCAUUAGUGGCCUAUGAGGAUUCAGAGUCAGAGGAUGAUUGUCCCAAUCAAGCUGAGGAGGGGACAUCAGCUUCUGUUCAAAGUGGAUCUUUUGAACAAAACCAAAAAGUUAGGUUGUGUAAUUCCUCGGAGGUAACACCGACCUCUCGAAGCUUCGCACCUGACCCUGACAGAUCAGCGUCGGAAUAUCAUGGAAGUUCUUCACUAAACCCACAUUCACAGCCACGAAGCUGCUAUGACUGGGAAAGAAAAUAUUGCAGUAACGAGACAGCACAAGAAAAAUGUUUUAGAGACACUGCAACUCCUCUGAGUUUACCUGCGACUCAGGGGAAGAUCGCACCACUGCAGACUCUUCCUCACAUGCCACAAAGUUUGGGUGAUGGCUUGAACCCAGCAAAAAGACACCAAACUGUUCCGACUGGUGUCAGACCAUACAUCCCCAAGAGACUGAGACUUACCACUUCAGUAGAGACAGUGGACCCAGAGCACCAAGCAGAGAAAGUCCCAGGGAAUCAGAUCAGGGAAAGCCAAAUUCUUUCAGACGUGUCAGCGAGAAUAAAGCCGUAUCUUGCCCACAAACCCGGUGCUGCAGGGAUACCAAGGAAGCUUCUGAUGAGCCUGGGAGGCCACCAGGGUCCAGUCAACAUGGUGCAAUGGUGUCCUGUGCCUCAUCUCGGUCAUCUGUUGCUGUCUGCCUCCAUGGACAAAACUUUCAAGGUGUGGGAUGGAGCAGAGAGCGGGCGAUGCCUGAGGGUUUACACCUGCCAUUCGGGAGCUGUGCGUGACGCCUGUUGGACCCCCUGCGGGCAACACCUCCUCACCGGCUCCUUUGACAACACGGCUGUGAUCACAGACGUAGAGACAGGGCAGCAGGUAGUGAAAUUGGACAACCAGUUCAAAGUGAUGUGUGCGGUCUUGCAUCCCAGCAACCCAGAGGUAUUCCUGUGCGGAGGCUACAGCUCUGUGGUCAAGGCCUGGGACUCUCGCAGCUGCAAGGUGGUGAAGGUUUACAAAGCAGGGAUCCAGCAGACCUUGGACAUCCUGUUUCUGAGAGGUGGUGUGGACUUUAUAACAAGCUCUGACUGUGUGAGCAGAGACUCUGCAGACCGCACCCUCAUCGCCUGGGACUACCAGACCACAGCCAAGGUCUCCAACCAAAUCUACCAGGAGCGGUACACGUGCCCCAGCCUGGCUCUCCACCCACUGGAGGAGUCCUUUGUUGCACAGACUAAUGGCGACUACAUAGCAGUAUUUUCCUCCCAGCAGCCCUAUAGAAUGAACAAGAGGCGGCGAUACGAAGGACACAAGGUGGAGGGUUACGCAGUGCAGUGUGAGUUUUCUCUGGAUGGUACUAUCCUGGCCUCGGGGAGCUCCACCGGCUCUGCUCACUUCUACGAUUACCACAACGCUCGUAUGCUGCACACUCUCCGUGCCCACAGCCAGCCCUGCCUGUGUGUUUCUCAGCAUCCUGUUAUUCCUGCAACUGCGGCCACCUGCGACUGGGCCGGCGAGAUCAAGGUCUGGCACUAAGUACAGUGAAUGAACACGAACACAAUAAAAAAGGGCCAAAGAUGAUAUGAAACUGUAAGCAUCGUGCAUAUCCAUCUUCAAGACUGUAUCUCUUAUCAUCUCUUGGCAUAAGAUGAUUAGAACUUGGCAACAAAAAUGAUGGAAGUCAGCAAAUCUAUUAUCAACUGACGCCUCUGAAAAACAUUAUUCUACACUGUGUAUUUUGCGAUACUUUAAUGUUAUUUUAAAAACCACCCACAUCUAAAUUUUUAUUCAUAUGAACUUGCUUUGGCACUGAAACAGCAGCCUCUAUUGUGUAAAUCUCAAUGUAAACAUGUUUUUUUUUUUAUAUUGGCCCAUCUUAUGUUGUUUUAACAUCCUGAAAACAAGGAAAAAUACACUUAUUUCUUUACAGUUCAAAGAGUGAAAUUUUGUAAGGACUUUUAUCUUAAAUGUUAGGCAGUGGCAAGGCAGAAGGUGCGCACGCACAUAAACACGACCUUAACGCCUUUAUAGUCAGCUUUCCACUCAAAAACAGCGAGGGACUUUAUCAUCAUGUUCUUGAGGUUUUUGUCAAAACAAAGAAAAAAAAAUCUCUCUGGGCAUUUUCUAAUCAGUAGUGUUUUUCAAUUCACAUUCUGCAUACACAUCAUUUUCCUCUUUUUGUUCUCCCUGCUCUGAUAUGACAUUUUAUUUUCACACUGACAGCUUAAAGCAUCACAGAGAAACAACCAGAGAACUAAAGAAAAUACGCAGACAUCUGUCAAAACAUUGCCAGGUUCUUUCAAAAUCCUGCCAGUCAACAGCAGAGCAGUGAAGUGCAGACAGAUGCUUGUGAUCUUUAUUCAGUAUCUAGCAGAACAGUCCUUAAAAUACAUUUCACUGUUUGGUGCCAAGGGAAAUUCUAAUGGCUCAGUACUUUUUCUAGCCCCUGCGGUUGUUUAUACUGUAGUUAAUUAUAGUUCAACUGACAUUGUUAUUGUUUUAAAGGACCAGUAAGCAAUUUGUGAAGCCAAAUGAUAAUUCAUAUGUGUUUAAUGGCAAAAGCUAACUCUGUUUGUACUAGUCCCUGUGUAUUUUUGCUGGCUAGCAAAUCAUAUACGGAAUAUAAUUAAUGUUAAAACAAAUUAGAGAGCAUGAAACAAUCGGAUCUCACAAGGGUGAGAAAGACUAGAGAAUGAAGUUCAAGACCAGAAUCGGGAGAAAACCAGGGUGACCAUCGGAGGGCCUUUUCAGGAAAGACUUCUUUGGAGACGGUGUUGCCUCUUCAGUGUUCGAUGGGACAGUGUGAGUGAGACAGGAAAGGUGGGACAGAGGAGGGGGAAUGACACACAGCACAGGGCCACAGGCCGGACUCAGACCCGGGCCGCUGCAGAAGUCUCAGGCACAUUGGCUGCACACUCUACCCAGUGAGCUACAGAUAAGCAGCAGCUCCACUCCCCUGCAGUACAGUGUAAACUGGUUGAGCAAACGCCUCGCUUGAUAUACAGUAAGU